CACUGCUUUACUCGCUUUGUUGCUUCGUAUCAGCAGUCCAGCGCUCAGUCUUCUGCCACAGCGCGCUAGAAAACGACCACCGAGUCCAGAGGGGUUCACCGCUGCCGAGUGUACAAAAACUGUCUGAUGAUGCCUGCCCCCCAGUCAGAGUCUGCAGCGAUCGGUUCCCCCAGAUUUCAUCGGCCUUUCAGAUCUUAUGAUCCUGAAGUGGUGGCUAUUCUGACAAUAUUAUUUGGGCUGUUCCAAGCGCUUCUGGGAAUUCCGACUUUCUUUUUGGGUGUCAACAUACAUACGCUUUAUAUGUGCCCAGUCUUUGUUGGAGCAGUGCAUGUAAUUGGAGGAUCGUUUGCACUUGUAUGUGAAAGAUCUCCCAGCAGGCAGAUGUUGAAAAACUGCUUGUAUUCUGCUCUCGGUGGCCUGUUUGUGGGCUUGAGUGCGACUGCUGUAUACAGCUAUGCAUUCAACAACAUUUUGUCUCUCAAGCCGUGUGAACGACAUUUCAUAUACGACUACUGUGUACGAGAUGACUUUGUUGAGAUCUUCAGGGCGAUUACAGCAUUGCUCUCAUUCUACGACGUCAUAGCUCUCAUCCCUCAGUGCUUCAUUUCAUUUUCAGCCUUGAAAGGUCUGAAAACAAACUAAAGUAGUCAUCCAUCCGUUUUCUAAGCCGCUUCUCCCUCAGGGUCGCGCGGCCGGGGGGCUGCUGGUGCCUAUCCCAGCGGUCACUGGGAGGAAGGCAGGAUACACCCUGGACAGGUCGCCAGCCCAUCGCAGCAAACUAAAGGAAACAUGUCUAUAUUGCAUAUAGGGUAUAUAAUCAAAUAUUUACAAGCAACAAAUUGUAACAGUGGACCUCAAUAGUUUUCAUUUCCGAAAAUGCAUAUGAAUGUAGUUACACCCUAUAGAGUGGCUACACUGUGACUUUAUUAGACGCACCCACAUAUACACAAAUCAGUAACCUAUAAGCUGGAAAAAAACAACUGAAGAUAACUUUUCUGUCCUGUCAUAUAUACACAAGCCAAUUAAGAACCCUGUUACAACCUCACAGCGUAAAAGUGCUGUCUAUAUAUGCUCCACCAUUCAAAAGGUUGAAAUCGCUUGUCAUAUUAGUAUUAGUUAUUUUAUUCAAUAAUAACUUCUACAGUGUAGACUAAAGUAUUAUAAAAUAGACCUUUGAGGACAUGAAGUUAUUAUUUUUAUGUAUAUCCAUUCAUAGUAAUAUCUUGUCAAAUUAUCAGCCUCAAAAUGUUCCCCCUACAUAUCAAAUACAGAAAUGGAAGCCAUCUGGGUGUUCUUUUCUUUUUAAACUUCAUUCUGAACAUUAAACAGCUAUUUUCAGUUAUUUCAGAAUUAUCUACAGCUCUGUGUGUCACUGUUGACACAUCUAAUAUUUCUUAAUCUUUUGCCUACAAAUGAUUUGAUACCGCUGAAUUUGAAAUACUUUUAUACAUGUAUCUACAACAAAAAUGCUUUUGUAUUACUGAAAACAGUGAAACUUUUUAAUGGUAUAGAAUACUAUUGUAAAUGCUUGUUUAAGUGUGAAUUUCACAUAUUUUGGAAAAUGUCAGCAUAACUAAAUCAAGGCAAGUGAAGAAGCUUUUAUUGUCAUUCCAUCACAGUGGAGUGGAAUUACGUUCCUCCGAGGAGCGCGGUGCAACAUGAAAAAGAAUAAGCAACAUGCAGACGUGAAGUGUACAAUUACCUACAUUAUCUACAUUACAUCAUGUAGAUAACAAAGCCAUUCAGAGUGGUUUGAUGUGAAGUGCACCGUUCCAGAGAAGCUUACUGACUCUGAAGAGAUAUACACAAAGUGCAAUGUAAGGGAAAGUAAUACCCAAAGAACCCCCCCCCCCAUUUUUCCAUUAAAAUUUCCAUCAUUUCCAUCAUUUUUCCAUCAUUAAAACUUUCGAAGACAAGGCUAAUUUUGGAUAGUAAAUCAUAAAAAGGCAAAAGAAUUCCAAGUCAGUAAGAUUCUCAACAAUGAGGCAUUUCACAUAAACCACUCUGAAUGACUUCGUUUACAUCUCAGUGAGUGAAUUAUCUGGCGACAUGGUGACUAUUUUGUAAUAAGGUGUGGCCACAAAUUAAUACAUUGAGGCCACAAGAUGAAACAUCUGCUCUUAAAAUAUGGAGGCAGAUUUUUUAUGUGAUGAAACGAGUGGAACAAAGUUUGACGUACAUUCUAUAAGCUAACUCUUUUGUUGUUUUUUUUUGUUUGUUUUUUUAAAUAAAGUCUCUUUUUUACAUUAAA